AUGGCUUCGACAGUCAAUGCUAUUAAGAUUCGCAGAAAGAAGAAUGUGAAAAAGGGAAUUCAAUUUUGUUUGAUGGUCUGCGGUGCUAGUGGAACUGGUCGCACCACCUUCGUCAACACACUUUGCGGAAAGCAGGUUUUGCAAGGCAAAGACGCAGACGACCCAACGAAUGCCCAUCUCGAGGAGGGAGUCCGUAUCAAACCGGUUACCGUCGAACUUGAGUUGGACGAGGAAGGCACCCGUAUUUCUUUGACAAUUGUCGAUACUCCCGGCUUUGGUGAUCAGAUUGACAAUGAGGAAAGUUUUUCUGAAAUUGUCGGCUAUCUAGAACGCCAGUAUGACGACAUUUUAGCCGAGGAAUCAAGGAUUAAGCGUAAUCCUCGAUUCCGUGACAACCGUGUCCAUGCUCUCCUCUAUUUCAUCACGCCCACCGGUCAUGGAUUGCGAGAGCUUGAUAUCGAGUUAAUGAAGCGCUUGUCUCCCCGUGUCAACGUUAUUCCCGUGAUUGGGAAGGCCGACUCCCUCACUCCCGCUGAACUAGCAGAGUCAAAAAAGCUUAUCAUGGAGGAUAUCGAACACUACCGUAUCCCUAUCUACAACUUCCCAUAUGAUGUGGAAGAGGACGACGAGGACACCGUAGAGGAAAAUGCCGAACUUAGAGGACUAAUGCCAUUUGCGAUUGUUGGCUCAGAGGAUGUCCUCGAGAUCAAUGGUCGUAAGGUCCGCGCAAGACAAUAUCCAUGGGGUGUGGUUGAGGUUGAGAAUCAGCGGCACUCUGAUUUUUUGGCCAUCCGAAGUGCGCUAUUGCAUAGUCACCUCGCCGAUUUGAAAGAAAUUACCCACGAUUUCCUCUACGAAAACUACCGUACAGAAAAACUUAGCAAGAGCGUGGAGGGUGGAGCUGCUGCAAACCAAGACUCCUCGAUGAAUCCAGAAGAUUUGGCUUCUCAAUCUGUUCGUCUGAAGGAAGAGCAGUUGCGCCGCGAAGAGGAAAAACUCCGCGAGAUCGAGUUAAAGGUCCAACGCGAGAUCAACGAGAAGCGACAAGAGCUUUUGGCUCGCGAAAGCCAACUGAGAGAAAUCGAGGCCCGCAUGCGCGAACAGAAUCGACAGCUCGAGCAACAUGCCCAGGAUGGGACAAAUGGGGAAGUUGGUGCCUAA